AGAAUGAACUGCAGCAAGAACCCUGACUUCAUCCUCUUGGGGCUGUUCCGUGACCCAGAGAAACAGCAGUUCCUCUUUGGUCUCUUCUUGGCCCUCUACUUGCUGAGUCUCCUGGGAAACUUGCUAUUUCUCCUAGCUAUUUUUGCAGACAUCCAUCUCCACACUCCCAUGUACUUCUUCCUCAGCCAGCUCUCCCUGGUGGAUGUCUGCCUUACUUCCACCACAGUCCCCAAAAUACUUGAAGAUUUAUGGACCAACAACAGAUUCAUCUCUUUCACUGGAUGUCUAGCCCAAUUAUAUUUCUUUGUUGUUUUUGCUAAUAUGGACAAUCUGCUUUUGACUGCCAUGGCUAUUGACCGCUACGCUGCCAUCUGCCGUCCUCUGCACUAUCCACUGCUAAUGACUCCUUGCAGAUGUGGGCUGCUGGUGGGUGGGUCAUGGGGAGUGGCAUACUCUGACUCUUUGAUUCAAACCUUGUUGCUAACCCGACUAUCCUUCUAUACUAAUCAAGAGAUUCCUCACUUUUUCUGUGAUUUUUACCCACUGUUACGGCUUUCCUGCUCUGAUACUCACCUCAAUGAGGACCUGAUGAUGGUUCUGACAGCACUUUUAGGAAUCAGUCCUCUCCUCUGCAUUGUAAGCUCUUAUGCCCAUAUUUUCCAUGCUGUAGCUAGGGUUCCAUCAACUCAGGGGAAAAAGAAAGCCCUGGCCACAUGUAGCUCCCACCUCUCCAUGGUCAUCCUCUUCUACAGCACAGUCUUUGCCACAUACCUGAAGCCCACAUCAACUUCUCGCUCCUCUGGGGAGCUGGUUUCUGCUGUCAUGUAUACCUUGGUAACUCCCACACUCAACCCUUUUAUUUAUAGUCUGAGAAAUAAGGAUGUAAAAAGUUCACUAAAAAGGGUUCUGGGCAUGGAGAGUUCUUGA